UGGACUUGCAGGGAGUAUUUGGCGCGAGAGGGGAUUCUGGAUGUCCGUUAUCGUGUGCAGAAGCUUCUGGACAGCACAGUGGCAUUGCCUGUGCUGGGAGAGAAACUCACGGAGCAGCACUUGCAGGCGCUGCGGGAGAGCCUGCCCCCUGAGACGACAUGCACCCUGACUUGGGUCCAGGACCCCGUUCCCUCCAAGGCGGCACGAGUCCAGUCGCCCGCUCGUAAGCUCAGCAGCGAGCUGCAGCGGUUAGUGUCGGGCUCUGAGGGCAGGUGGUCCGAUGAGCUGGCAGACGAUCUCCCUCGUUCCUGGCAGCGGCACGGAGACCUUGUCCUGCUGAGCGAGGACAGCUUCAGGGCCGCUCUAUGGAAGCAGCUGGGACCAGAGCUCUGGGGAACAGUGGCUUCUGCUCUGGGUGCCCGACGCGUAGCCAAGCGAGGGCGAGUAUCUCCAGACGGGAUGCGAUCCCCGACAGUGACCCUGUUGCUGGGCCAGGAUGGCUGGGUGGAGCAUGUGGACAAUGGAAUCAGAUACACGUUUGAUGUCACCAGGUGCAUGUUCUCUCCUGGAAACAUAACAGAGAAGCUCCGGGUGGCAUCGCUGCCGUGUGCAGGGGAAGUGGUAGCAGAUCUCUAUGCAGGGAUUGGCUAUUUCACGCUGCCGUACCUGGUUCAUGCUGGCGCUGCCUUUGUCCACGCCUGUGAGUGGAACCCCCAUGCCGUAGAGGCCCUGCGAAGGAACCUGGAACUGAAUGGCGUGCAGGAUCGGUGUCAGAUCCACCCAGGGGAUAACAGGCAGCUUGAGCUGCGGGACGUGGCCGACAGAGUGAACCUGGGGCUGCUCCCCAGCUCGGAGGAGGGCUGGCCAAUCGCCUGCCAGCUUUUGCGGAAGGGCACAGGGGGCAUUCUCCACAUCCACCAGAACGUGGAGUCCUUCCCGGCGAAGGCUCUUCAUUUGCACAGUGGCCACUUGGAGGAGCAGCAGCUGCAGCAAUGUCCGGAGCAAGCUUUCUCCAACAGGCAGGAGGACCAGAGGAACUGCAGGAACCCAAAGGAUGCGGACCGCACGGAUUCUGGGAGAGAGACCCCGGCAGCCAUGGCCAGGGCCGAGUGGCAGAGAUGGGCAGAGACCACGGGAGCACGGAUCAGAAUCCUGCUUCAGCAGCUGCACGGGAAGCCCUGGAGGACCAACAUUCUGCACAUUGAGCCAGUGAAAUCCUACGCUCCCCAUGUGGAUCACGUUGUCCUUGAUCUGGAGUGCCGCCCCCUCUCUUAGGUCACUGGGAGAGUGGAUUGCACCCUUGGGGUCGCCGGGGAUGUCACCACCUCUGCUAGCAAACAGGCAGGGAGCUCAGGGCCCAAGCCUGAGAAGAACACAAAGGCUACGCGGACGUGAGCGUUCCCAGACAGCACCCUGCGAACUGGUGUAGUGCGACUCCGGUCUUUGCCUUUUGCUCUCCUGGGUCCCCACUUCUCUCUAGACAGGCAUGGAACAGCUUGACCUGACCAUCUCGGUGCAUCCCUGCUCUCUGCGACCUUCACUCUAUUUCAGUUUGCUGCAGCCAAGGAAAACACUGGAUGUGGGUUUUAGCUGCGUGGGUCGCAUCUUGCUGUUUUUCCCAGCAGGAUGGCAGAGUUCUCUAGCACUUCGCUCCUCGUUCUGUUCUCCCCGCUGAUGCCCGGAGGAGACCUGGGCACGAAACUUAGCAGAAUGUCUCUGUGCAGUUUCAUCACUUGAGCCAGAGAGCAUCUCAGUUCUGCGCAGAGCCUGCCAGUGGUGCCAGACUGAGACUCACCAGACUUACGGCCCUUGUGAUGUAAUCCGAAGCAAAUGGUAUUCGUUUGCUCCGGAUAGGUGAAGAACUCGGGGAUGUAGUGCAGGCCAUGUGAGCGCUGACCUUGCUCCCUCUGCAGUACGGCCCUGAUCUUGCAGUCAGAUCCCCGCUGAAGCAGAUGGGACGUACUGUGGAUUAAUUGUGUGUACUUUAUCACAGCCGGUAAGAACUUUCCUGUUUCUUUGCAUGUAAGGGAGUUUAUUCAUCCUCUUGUUCCAAGUCUGGACCUGAAGUUAUCUUGUUUGCCCAUAAGUUUCAGGAAGCCCUGGCAAGCAGUUCCUCUGCUGCUCCUAGGGAUUUGAGCCUGUUUUUAUGUGAAAUGGUGGGAAAUGAUGAGUGUGGCACUGCUGAAGGUGCCAAACUGAGAUCUCUGGAAACCAAAGCCUCUCCCACAGAAAAGGUGCAGAGGCAAGGCAAGAUUUCCAAACCCAGCAAUUCAGUCUCAUUCUUGGCCUGGAUGGGACAUAGGAACUGGCAAACUGGAUCAUGUCAGCGCUGUACCUAGUCUCCCGUCUCCAAGAGUAGCCAGUGCAAGAUGCCUCAGAGAAGGGCGCCAAAAGCAAGUUAUGAAAUAUCCUGCCCACAAUAAUAAUUUCUUCCUGAUCUCUGUUUGUUAGAAGCUGGUUUGUGCCCUGAAGCAGGGAGGGGGGCUUAAUCCCAUCCAAACAGAAAGGGAUCUAGGGGUUAUAGUGGACCACAAGCUGAAUAUGAGUCAGCAGUGUGAUGCUGUGGCAAAAAAGCAAACGUGAUUCUGGGAUGCAUUAACAGGUG